AUGACUGAGUUGUACCAGAGCCCCUGCGACACCAAGAGCGUGGCGAGCGAUGGCGCCGCGACCACAGCGGGCGGCAACAAGAGGUAUAAGCGGAACCUCACGGACCAGGAGAAGGCGAUCGACCUCAUCAACCGAUUGGAUGCUGGCCAGGUUCUCCAGGGUAAGUACAACGGCUCCGACGUCUAUGCAGCAACGCGUUUCGAGGACUCGGCGAAGGUCGACGCUUGCAUCUCGAACGUUCGGCGCGCCAGGCUCAAGCACGAGCAAGCAUACAAGAUUGUGAACCCAGGAUCCGUGGAAAAGGGCGUCUUGUUCAAGACCCUGGGUGAGCUCAAGAAGAAGGGGAUGGUAUUCCCGCCAGCCUACGCGGUGAAGCUGGUCCAACUACGAGUCAAGAGCGCCAGCGUCACGGAGGACAUCGCUGAUGCGAUCAUGCCUUUCAGCAUUGAUGGCCUAGAGGAUUUCGCUGACGAUUUGGAUGGCGACGGCGGCGGCUCCAACUUCGAUUGCCUGAACCCUCGCCUGCGGGAUAUCCCUACACCUGAGCCAGCUGCCUUCGUCGCCAGGUUUCGGGCGGUGGCCUCGGAGUACGUCGUGAUGCCCUUGGUCAAGCAAGGCCAGUCGGGGAGGUAUCUCAAUGCGAGGUUAGUCGACGAUAUGGAACACAUCUUGGAAGACGCGACCGUCGACAAAUAUGCAGGCACGCCACAGGAUUACGACAUUCUCAAGAACUGUGCCUUGGAGUUGAUUACCAUCCUGCGCCUUCUGGGGUCACUUGACGCGCCAGGGGUCGACAAGCUUGUGAACUUGGACAGCCUGAUUGUGAAGAAGUUCUUGGAUGGGAGUUUGGACAAGUGCUGGCAGACCGCCAAGCAGGACAUCGAGGACAGCAAGUUCUGGGCUCCAGCCCUGGCACUUUUUAUGAGACACAGGGCGGACGAGUUCGACCUCGCUCCCAAGGUUGUCCACCUGAUGAAAACGCUUGAUGACAUUCCGAGUGGGGACAAGCAGGAGUUCUUCAAGGGCAACGUGGCUGAGUUGACACACAUUGCGAAGCUGUGCAGGCCGACCGCUUGCGACGUGGCGUGGGCCAAGCUGCUGGAUACCAUAAACACGUGGCUCCGUGCCCGCAUCGCCGUCGAGGAGCUCGAAGUUAAGGAGAUGGGCGACGUCGACCGCUUCAUCGAGGAGCUGUGCAACUCGACUAGCUUUGAGGAGUGCUCGAGUCUGAAAGAAGGGAUCGACGUGCUGCGCAGCAUCUCCUUGGCAAAAUACGAAGACAUGAAGCAGGUCGACGGUUCCAAGCAAGCUGUGCUGGCUUUGCGGAGGUUCGCCUCUGCCCCGACCGUCGAUAACACGAACGCCCUCAAGAAGACGAUCUACCAGAGGCAGCUCCACUUCACCGACGCGGACCACAUCGAGACAGUUCGCCAUGCCAUGGUAACGGUGAACACGGCUGCCAUGGCGAGCAUUAGCAAGCACUCAGAACAGGUCUCGGUCUCUCCCGAGUGGGCCAUGGACAUCAAGCUUCACAAGGAGCAGCUCACCCUCAUGAGCACCGGGGUCAAGACGUUCGUCGCCGACGAAGGGUGGCCAGACACAUACAAUACGGUGUUGGCGGACCUCCUCUCCGACAAGCUGAACACGAUCGCGAUGGCCAUCGAUCUCCUCGCAGAGGGCGAGACCGCGGAGCAGCAGGUAGUCAGCGACAACGGCUUCGAUGCAUUCCAGGCCUUGCACGCGGUGUAUCUGGAGAGCGGCCGCGAGCGCUGGAAGGAGAAACUGACGCUCGACGACCUCUUCGCCACCAUCGGGAAGAUGCUGGAGGACUUCAAGCGCGCGGGGAUGGCCGAGGUGACGGCGCAGCUCGGCAAGAUGGCGGACUCCGUGGACGCUCAGAAAGGAUCGGGGGAGGCAGCGAAUGUGCAAUAA